AUGACUGUGAGUGGAGCAGGCCAGGCCCAGGGAAGGAGCGGGCCAGGCACCGGGAAGGAGCAGGCCAGGCCCAGGGAAGGAGCGGGCCAGGCCCAGGGAAGGAGCGGGCCAGGCCCAGGGAAGGAGCGGGCCAGGCCCAGGGAAGGAGCGGGCCAGGCCCAGGGAAGGAGCGGGCCAGGCCCAGGGAAGGAGCGGGCCAGGCCCAGGGAAGGAGCGGGCCAGGCCCAGGGAAGGAGCGGGCCAGGCCCAGGGAAGGAGCGGGCCAGGCCCAGGGAAGGAGCGGGCCAGGCACCGGGAAGGAGCGGGCCAGGCCCAGGGAAGGAGCGGGCCAGGCCCAGGGAAGGAGCGGGCCAGGCCCAGGGAAGGAGCGGGCCAGGCCCAGGGAAGGAGCGGGCCAGGCCCAGGGAAGGAGCGGGCCAGGCCCAGGGAAGGAGCGGGCCAGGCCCAGGGAAGGAGCGGGCCAGGCCCAGGGAAGGAGCGGGCCAGGCCCAGGGAAGGAGCGGGCCAGGCCCAGGGAAGGAGCGGGCCAGGCCCAGGGAAGGAGCAGGCCAGGCCCAGGGAAGGAGCAGGCCAGGCCUAGGGAAGGAGAAGGCCAGGCCCAGGGAAGGAGCGGGCCAGGCCCAGGGAAGGAGCAGGCCAGGCCCAGGGAAGGAGCGGGCCAGGCCCAGGGAAGGAGCGGGCCAGGCACCGGGAAGGAGCGGGCCAGGCCCAGGGAAGGAGCGGGCCAGGCCCAGGGAAGGAGCGGGCCAGGCCCAGGGAAGGAGCGGGCCAGGCCCAGGGAAGGAGCGGGCCAGGCCCAGGGAAGGAGCGGGCCAGGCCCAGGGAAGGAGCGGGCCAGGCCCAGGGAAGGAGCGGGCCAGGCCCAGGGAAGGAGCGGGCCAGGCCCAGGGAAGGAGCGGGCCAGGCCCAGGGAAGGAGCGAGCCAGGCCCAGGGAAGGAGCGGGCCAGGCCCAGGGAAGGAGCAGGCCAGGCCCAGGGAAGGAGCGAGCCAGGCCCAGGGAAGGAGCAGGCCAGGCCCAGGGAAGGAGCAGGCCAGGCCCAGGGAAGGAGCGAGCCAGGCCCAGGGAAGGAGCAGGCCAGGCCCAGGGAAGGAGCGAGCCAGGCCCAGGGAAGGAGCAGGCCAGGCCCAGGGAAGGAGCGGGCCAGGCCCAGGGAAGGAGCAGGCCAGGCCCAGGGAAGGAGCGGGCCAGGCCCAGGGAAGGAGCGGGCCAGGCCCAGGGAAGGAGCGGGCCAGGCCCAGGGAAGGAGCGGGCCAGGCCCAGGGAAGGAGCAGGCCAGGCCAGGCCCAGGGAAGGAGCGAGCCAGGCCCAGGGAAGGAGCAGGCCAGGCCCAGGGAAGGAGCAGGCCAGGCCCAGGGAAGGAGCGGGCCAGGCCCAGGGAAGGAGCAGGCCAGGCCCAGGGAAGGAGCGAGCCAGGCCCAGGGAAGUGUUAUAG